AUGACCCUGGAACAACUUGUUGUUUUUCACAAUGUGUGGGUAUUCUACCCUGUGUGGACUAUCCAGCAGAGUGUAAACCCCCCCACACACACACCUUUUGUUUCCUUUCGCUGUAACAUUCUGUGUCUGGACGUUUCCUUUGUCCCCAUUCGCUGUAACAUUCUGUGUCUGGACGUUUCCUUUGUCCCCAUUCGCUGUAACAUUCUGUGUCUGGACGUUUCCUUUGUCCCCAUUCGCUGUAACAUUCUGUGUCUGGACCUUUCCUUUGUCCCCAUUCGCUGUAACAUUCUGUGUCUGGACGUUUCCUUUGUCCCCAUUCGCUGUAACAUUCUGUGUCUGGACGUUUCCUUUGUCCCCAUUCGCUGUAACAUUCUGUGUCUGGACGUUUCCUUUGUCCCCAUUCGCUGUAACAUUCUGUGUCUGGACGUUUCCUUUGUCCCCAUUCGCUGUAACAUUCUGUGUCUGGACGUUUCCUUUGUCCCCAUUCGCUGUAACAUUCUGUGUCUGGACGUUUCCUUUGUCCCCAUUCGCUGUAACAUUCUGUGUCUGGACGUUUCCUUUGUCCCCAUUCGCUGUAACAUUCUGUGUCUGGACCUUUCCUUUGUCCCCAUUCGCUGUAACAUUCUGUGUCUGGACCUUUCCUUUGUCCCCAUUCGCUGUAACAUUCUGUGUCUGGACGUUUCCUUUGAAUAAACAACUUUUGGUUAUUCUGUCAAA